AUGAAGUUCUUCAACCUCAUCAGUCUCUCCCUCCUGGUCGCUGUCGCCAGCGCUGCAGCUGUCCCAGAGGUCGAGGGCACCGUUACCAACGACGCAGCCACCCCUGUCAACCACCUCGACGACAAACGCGGCCACUGCGGCCAGGUCUGCCUCAACAACACGGGGUGCGGUGGUAAAUGUCCCAAGUGCGACAUGAAGUCUCUCACCUGCAAGAAGGCUUAG